CCGUCGGCAGGUAGACAGUCGGCGGCAAGAGAGCGAGUCGAACGCACGCACGGUUGUCGCUCCAGUCAGCUCACACGGACCCCCCUUUCGCACGUUCGAAAAUCCCACUAAAGGGGAAACAAGGGAGAGAGAGAGAAGAGGAAGAGACAGAGAGACCGUACUUUGCCGGGACAGUGGAUCAUUAUUGCUGUGUUCUCGUGAAACUAAGAUUUCCCCCCCCCCCCGAUAAGUAAAGGGAAGGUGUCUGUUUGAUCGUAUUUGGAGAAUUUCGAUUUUUAUUUUUUCCUCGCCCGAAGAAGAGACCCGGCGCCGCUAUGGGUGGAGGUUCUGGAAACAAAGGAGGUUACAAGGGCGACGACGCCGAGGACAUGUGCGGGAAUACCCUGGAGCCCGAUCCUCGCUACGACUCGUGCUGCUCCAACAUCUUCCGGCCGGGUAAGGUGCUCAGGGACAUCAUCAAGGGCCUGCUGGUGGUGCUGGGCAUCGCCGUCGUCAUCGCCGUCGUGUUUGUUAUCAUCUUCUACGUCGUUCCAGGCAAGGAGGGCGAGGAGUCCGUCCUGACCCUGAAGGAGAGCGCCAUCGUGGGCGGCCCCGUCGAGCACGAGGUCACUGGCAACGGGAUCAAUGAGGUCGAAUUUACCGACAAUACUCGAUACGACGUCGCUCCCAGCCUGGAGAAAAUCCGGGAGGAGGAGGACGCGGAUGUGCAUGCCGGCCACGACCACGAGCACGACCACGAGCACGCUGACCACGAUCACGCCCACCACGACCACGAUCACGCCCACGAUCACGACCACGAUCAUGCCCACCACGACCACGCCCACCACGAGCAGCCGUCCGCCGAACCCGAGCCCGAGCCGGAAGCCGAGCCGGAAGCCGAGCCGGAAGCCGAGCCGGAAGCCACCCCUGAGCCCGAGGCCGAGCCCGAGCCGACGGCUGAGCCCGAACCCGAGCACAUGGGUAAGGAAGAGUCGACCCACGACGCCCGGGACGCCCACCACCAUGGGCGCUCGGAGGGAGAGCUGGGUCGCGAGCACGCACGCCCGCUGGGUGGAAUGGGCCACGAGCACUUGCAUGAGGGACAUGACAUGGCCCACGAUCAUACUCACCAUCACGAUGAUAUGACUCAUGAUCACGCUCACGCCGAAGGUGACAUGGGCCAUGACCACAUUCACGCCGAAGGUGACAUGACUCAUGAUCACGCUCACGCCGAAGGUGACAUGACUCAUGAUCACGCCGAAGGUGACAUGUCUCAUGACCACACUCACGCCGGUGACAUGUCUCAUGACACUCACGCCGAAGGUGACAUGACUCAUGACCACACUCACGCCGAAGGUGACAUGUCCCAUGAUCAUAAUAGCGAAAUUGGCCAUGAACACGUGCAUGCCGAGAUGGGCCAUGACCAGACAGCCCCCACCGCCGCCCACGAGAGCCCCGAGGCCACGCCCUCUGCCGCCGCCGCCCCCACCGAGAGAACCAUCGUGUCCGUGUCCAGCACAGGCGCCGGAACCAGGGUCGAGGUCAAGUCUUCUGAGUCCGAGGUCAGCCACGUGCCCUCGACCAGCAUCCCGCCGCUUCUCGACGUCCUGGGGCCUCACGCCACGCCCGCCGGGGACGCGCGCGGAAGCUGCCGUCCUCGCAGCCUGGAGAUGUGCAGCGACUUGCCCUACGCACUCACCUCCCUCCCGAACUGGGCCAAUGACAAGACAGAUUACGAACUUCACAACGCGUCUCUUCCAUUCUUUAGGGACGUCAUCGUGAGGUCAAGCUGUUCCCCUCGAGCCCGAGAGUACUCCUGUGCCAUCUUGGAACCCCCGUGUGGUGUCAAUGGUGCUAUUAUUCCUCCGUGCCGAACCUUCUGUCGAUCUGUGGCUUCAACGUGCCAGGAAUUCGUCAUUAAAGGCUUUGGUUUGAGUGACGUGUUCAACUGCGAUAAAUUCCCCGACUCGACCGACCCCGCUGUGUGCUUCGAUGCCACUCAAGAACCUUGUCUGGGUUUGGAGCACCGCUGUGGAGACGGCAAAUGUGUGGCGAAGAGGCUAGUCUGUGACGGAAUCUCGGACUGUGUUGACCAGUCAGAUGAGGCUACAUGUCCUGGCCGUCUUCCAGCUCCUGCCGGCGACGCAGCACCAGCAGCAUCGGACAACACCUUCCAGCAUCUUCCCAACUCAGAGGACGCCCGAACUGGCGGGCGGGACUUACCAUUUGAAGAUUAUACAACCUUAGACACCCCCGAAGCCGUUUUAGAAGAACAAGUCCCCCCAGCCGAUGACUAUCCUGUCUUUAACGAUUACUCUGUCACCGAGGACUACCCCGAAGGUCCUCUGGAUUACGUAACCGACAACUUCGAUUACCCUGAGGUCGUUGACAGUUCCGCGGCAACUCUCCCCCCCGUGGACGAGUUUGAGGGCCGUGUUGACGCUGCGAAUGAGUCUCUGACCGUUGAUGAAGAACCUUUCCAGCAAGACUUUGUAGAUAUUAACACUGAGUCAGCCCCCGCGGAAGCCUUCAUGCCAACAGAGGAGCCAGUCACGUCAGAAGCCCAGGACUUUGUUGCCGAAGGAGACUUUGUCUCUACCGACGGUCCGGUUCUGAUCUGUGACCAUGAAAAGUUCCUGUGUCAGAAUGGCUUCGAUUGCGUGGACCUGGCGGCUGUUUGUGAUGGUCUUCAGCAAUGUAGUGAUGGAUCUGAUGAGGCCAAUUGUACCAGCAUCGGACUCUCCUCGUCAACAACCCCUGCCUCACACACCCCAGAACCCCAGACUUCCUUCCCUGGCGAAGAAGUGGCAACUACCAUUCCCGAGUACGCGACGGAGGACGCUGUAACAGAAGGGGCAGUGGAGGAGACAACGUUCUUCACAACGACACCGGAAGUCUGCCCCGAACUGAUGUGCUUGGAUGGAACCUGUCUCGCCAUUUCUCAACUUAAUGAUGGUGUCAACGACUGUUCCGAUGGCACAGAUGAGCAGAACUUUUCAGAACUGAUUUCUGCCACUUAAGGCAUAGUAGGAGGGUUUGUGUGCAUACCUUAUAAAUGUUUGUAUUUCAACGGUAAUGUCAGUUGCAGCUUCCAUUCAUAGAAAUACGAAAGGUAUAGAUGUUAUUUUUUUUGCAGCAGCUUCAUUAAAUUGUUGAUAAGUAUUUUACUUUUCCUAAUAUGUCGAAAAGAUGUCAUUUUGAAUAGAACUGUCAAACAUUUGGUACUUUUCUCUUAAUUGUUAAUACCGAUAUUGUGAAAGAGAUAGCCAAAUUAUUCAAUAUUCCAGUCUGUCUGGUUGAUGCCACAGUUGUUGUGAAGCCAGUCCGUCCGUACCGGUCAUUUAGUCAGUAAUUUUUCUGUAUAUGUGAAUAUCCCUUUAAUUUUUAACCUGUUUCAACACCCUAUAUUUUAUAUUCUUUUAAUCUCGAAUUAUUCUUUUGUAUAUAGUGUAAUUACUAAUUUUCUACUCGUUUCUGGCAUUCUUUGAAGUAUGUUCUUAACAACCACAAGGUUUGUUAAUUUCUGUUUAUUCCGUCCAAUAUAUUUUCAUGACCAGUUGAGCCAAUGGCAAGGGUCUUAAAGAGGAGAGUUGUGAAAAAAACUUCUUUUUUUUAGGUUGUUCAAUACCAUAAAAAUAUUUAUUGCAUUUCUAAUUUAUAGUUUAUUUACAUUUCCAAUUUCUAUUGCAUUGAUUGCAGAUUCUGAAAGUAAGACUAUGUCCUUUUCACAAUGUCAAAAAAAAAAUAUUAUAAAACUUGAGAUCUGAAAUAUGAAUUCACAUCUCUGUACCUUCAGAUGGUCAUGUAUUUUGUAACAUCUCUCUCAAGCAGCUUUCAAUAUACCUGGAAGUCCCUUGCUCAUGAGUUAAAGCACUGUCAGCUCUUUUAUGUGUUUGUGAGAAUGCAAAUUAUUGUCAGUGAUUGUGUGCAUCUGAAGAAUGUAUGUGAACUGAAUGUGUCAUUAUUAGUGUCGUAUUUUAUUACCAAUUUUCCACACAAAGUGAAUGUAGAUAUUUUGACAUGUUUAAUAGUCUCAAUCUUCCAUGCAAUCUGAAAGGUAGCUAUAUAUAUGAAUAUAUGUAUGGAUGUCUCUUUUAUUAAAUAAAAUGUUCCAUGAUCAAA